ACCCGUAAUUGUGGCUAGAGGACACAGAUGAUUGGUAACCAUGGGGUCGGGAGCCAGCACCCUGACUCCUCCCUCCUCACCUGAACUUAACAGUUAUAGUAGAAGAUCUCCCAAAUCCGGAGACAAAGCACACCAAGGCCGAAACUUUGUACGGACAAACGAGGUUGCACCAAUCAUCAUUCGUGAUUGUAGAGAAGAGUUUCAACAUGUCACAGACUUCAAGGAUCCCAUUGUGUUGGGCUCCAUUGCUGACAACAUGCCUGAACAUCCACUCAUCAAAGGCAAGUACUUCCUGGUCAGAGAUGUUAACGACAAGAUGGAUAAAACAUCGUCCAUGGAACAUUACCGCACACCCAACCUUCACAAGGUCAAUUUGCCUUUUUCGGUGUAUGCCUGUGGUCAGCCAACAGAACGAGGCCUAUCCAAACUCCUCAACUACUUAGCCCAGGACGAACCAACAGAGAUUUUCCUUUUUAACAUGCGCGAGGAGCCAGUCCUGUUUGUAGAUAAUGGCAUUGACAUGGUGCCAUUUUCUAUACGUGACCAAGAUAACUUAAACAACCUGGUGAUCUUUGGACGCAGUCCCACAGAAGCAGACGAGGCUGAGGCAAGGGUCAGGAAAGAGGUGAUUGACUUGGCUAUAAUGAAUGAAGAAAACAAGUUCUAUUUUUAUAACGACCUUGAGAACAUGCAGAGGGAGCCACAUGAAAUGCAUAUUCAAUAUGAGGACAAACUGCUUGUGUCUGAGGAAGUGUAUGCCCGCCAUAUCCUAUGUAGUCAGUGUGUUAGAUAUCAACGUUUGUGCUUCCCUUACUCUGGGGCCCCUAGAUACCAGGACGUGGAUGCCUUUUUAAAUGUAUUUAAGCAGUCCAGUAAGUACUUGGAGAAGUCGUCUACCUAUAAACCGGCCAUGCUGGUCACGUGCCAGACAGGUAUGGGACGCUCUACCACUGCCAUGGUAAUGGGCUGCCUCAUGGCUGCUCACAAAACCGGAUUCCCUCCAGAGACCAGAGGGAAACAUUCUCAGAAAGCCUCAUACGACAAGGGAGACUACCGCGCUGUACAGCGGUUGGUCAAAUUGCUGCCCAACGGUCAGACAAUCAGAAAUCAGGUUGACGCGGUCAUUGAUGCAUGCUCGGAGCUGUAUAACCUACGGUCUGAGAUCCUCAAGUGCAAACACAACUUGGAGAGUAUCAAGACUGACUAUGUCCUGGAUAAUAAAAGUGCCCGGGAGACAUUGUACAGGCAGUGCUGUGACUACCUAGAGCGCUACGUGUUCCUCAUAGUGUUUAAUGCAUACCUCACUGAGCAAUACCCUCUGUGGUUUACAUUAGACUUCACACAAUGGAUGCAGCAGCAGCCAGAUGUUACCAGGUUGAUGGGGAUGCUAUGUGAUCCCACCAGUCAGGCUCCUACUGAUCUCAUCUUCAAGGGUAUCCAGUACCUGGUGUCAGAUGACUAUGUAGGACUUGAUCUCCUGAGCACACAGAGUGAUGUGAGGGUAUCAAACUUCAGGAAGAUCAACAUCAGCGGAAUGUCGGUAUAUGGCAUGGCUCAACCUGCUAGAGACGGUGUCACAAAAGUUUCUAACCACUUGUUGAGUAAAAAGGCUGGACAUACGUUCCUGGCGAUGAUAAACCUACGGAAUGAUUGUACCCUGGAGUGUGAUGGCACCACCUACAGUAUUCGGCAUGCUUCCUGUCUGGAGGACCCCAUCUCCCACCCAUACAUGUCCCGACAGGAACUGGAGACAACUGAAGAAAACCUCAAAAAAGAGAUAAAGAAUUCAGGAAACAGUGUGCUGGUUUACAAUGAUAUAUCGGAUUCCCCUGUCCAGAAGGAGUUCUCUAGUAUACUGACCCCGUCAGAGCUGGCUGAUCAACAGAAGCUGCAGACUCUGGACAUGAUCUACCACCGGAUACCACUACAGUAUGACACUGCCCUGGAGGAGAAGGACUUUGAUGACCUGAUGUCCAUUGUGUGUGAGCAUGGCUAUGACUGUGAUCCCAGUGCCAACACAGCCUUUGUAUUCUUCUGUCGGACUGGAAAAAGUCGUACCACCACUGCCAUGGCUAUAGCCGGACUUAUCCUCUGUCAUAUCAGGGGAUUUCCAAAGGGAGCUAACCUUGGGGAGCAAGAACGGGUCUCUUGUCCAAACGCACAAUACACAAAGGGAGACUUCAUUAUUGUCCAGAAGCUGAUCCGCAUGCUGCCAAACGGUCAUCAAAUCAAGAGGGAGGUAGAUUUCAUCCUCGAUGAAAUAUUUGAAACUAUGUCCACAACCUUAUUCCACCUGAGGGAAAACACUUUUGUCAUCUACAAUAAGAUAAAAAAUGCUAAGACUGAGGCAAGCAGACAGUCCCUGAAGCGUCAAAGCCUUGACUACUUAGAGAGAUACAUUUAUCUCAUCCUCUUCAAUGCAUAUUUACACUACGACAAGAAAAAUCAAUGGCAGCGACCUUUCAGCAAAUGGAUGAAAGAGGUCGCAGCCCUUGCUGGAGUUUAUAAACUGUUGAACAACCUAGGAUUUUAUGACUUUGACAAAAUGCCAACAUCAUUCAAAAUGAUGAAGGAGAGAUGGAGUCAUCGGGGACAAGCCUUACCUUUCCAUGGUGUGUUUUCCUGAAGGUCAUGUCUCAAAGUUAGUGACACAGUGUAGAUCUCAAGGUCACAUUUCUAAUGUCAUCGUCAAGGUCACACUCCCACCGUGCAGGAGUUUACACCUAAAGGUUGUGUUUCAAGUUACUAUUGUUCUGUGUCAACAUUGGGGAUGAUGCAAAAGACUUGAUGUGUUAAUGUGUCCUGGUGCCAUAGUCAGUCUUGGUGCCAAUGUGAUUGGGGCCUAUGGACUCAGCAUAUCGUGGAACCAGAUUUCAAGCUGGGUUUGGCAGGGGACUUCAGGUACUGUAUUGUACCUAAAGUGUCUCAACGUCCUGUUGUUCGAACAGCAAUUAGAUUUGUAAGCAUUUCUAUGGUGGAAUUAUAAUACCAAGCAAAGAGUAGAUGCGUGCUGUAUAAAACUCCUACUGACCACCCAGACCGAGUGAUUUACCAAUAGUGGCGUGUAUAAUGGCCAUAAGCCUGAUCAGACCAUGGAAGGCUGUAAAUUAGAUCACUCUGGUUUACUUGGUAACAAGUACUAACACUAAGUUUUUAUACUAAUCGUAAUUGUCACUUUACAUCUAGUCUGAGUAAUUGAAGUGUCUAGACUGUGAGUAAUUAAUGUAUUUGAAAAUCUGCAUGUAGGUUUACAAAACUAGAUAUUUUAUCUCAUACAGUAUUUUGUUUUCAGUUUUGAGAGAGAGAAAAUGUGUUGAUGAUUCUUAUUUAUUCAAUUCUUUUGUAUUGAUAAUAUGUAUAACAAAAGAGAUUUGUUUUGUUUUUGUUUAACGUCCUAUUAACAGCCAGGGUCAUUUAAGGACAUGCCAGGUUUUGGAGGUGGAGGAAAGCCACCGGCCUAUGGUCAGUACCAGGCAACUGUCCUACGAAGGUUUGGAACUCACAACCCAGAGGUGGAGGGCUAGUGAUAACCUCCAUAUUGAAAUUUCUGUUUUCUUAUGACUUCAAAGUGUCUGUAGGAGCUGUCUCAUUGUUUAGAUUUCAGACUGGAGUGGAUACAGUUAGGGUGGAUACAGUUAGGGUGGAUACAGUUAGAGUGGAUACACUUAGAGUGGAUACAGUUAGAGUGGAUACACUUAAAGUGGAUACAGUUAGAGUGGAUACACUUAGAGUGGACACAGGCUGGAUACAGUUAGGUUGGAUACAGUUAGGGUGGAUACAGUUAGAGUGGAUACAGUUAGGGUGGAUACAGUUAGGGUGGAUACAGUUAGAGUGGAUAGAGUUAGAGUGGAUACAGUUACAGUGGAUACAGUUAGGGUGGAUACAGUUAGAGUGGAUACAGUUAGAGUGGAUACAGUUAGGGUGGAUACAGUUAGGGUGGAUACAGUUAGAGUGGAUACAGUUAGGGUGGAUACAGUUAGAGUGGAUACAGUUAGAGUGGAUACAGUUAAGGUGGAUACAGUUAGAGUGGAUACAGUUAGGGUGGAUACAGUUAGAGUGGAUACAGUUAGGGUGGAUACAGUUAGAGUGGAUACAGUUAGGGUGGAUACAGUUAGAGUGGAUACAGUUAGGGUGGAUACAGUUAGAGUGGAUACAGUUAGGGUGGAUACAGUUAGGGUGGAUACAGUUAGAGUGGAUACAGUUACGGUUGAUACAGUUAAGGUGGAUACAGUUAGGGUGGAUACAGUUAGAGUGGAUACAGUUAGGGUGGAUACAGUUAGAGUGGAUACAGUUAGAGUGGAUACAGUUAGGGUGGAUACAGUUAGAGUGGAUACAGUUAGAGUGGAUACAGUUAGGGUUGAUACAGUUAGAGUGAAUACAGUUAGGGUGGAUGUAGUUAGGGUGGAUACAGUUAAGGUGGAUACAGUUAGAGUGGAUACAGUUAAGGUGGAUACAGUUAGAGUGGAUACAGUUAGGGUGGAUGCAGUUAAGGUGGAUACAGUUAGGAUGGAUACAGUUAGAGUGGAUACAGUUAGGGAGGAUACAGUUAGAGUGGAUGCAGUUAGAGUGGAUACAGUUAGAGUGGAUACAGUUAGGGUCGAUACAGUUAGGGUGGAUACAGUUAGAGUGGAUAUAGUUAGGGUGGAUACAGUUAGGCUGGAUACAGUUAGGGUGGAUACAGCUAGAGUGGAUACAGUUAGGGUUGAUACAGUAAGAGUGGUUACAGUUAAGGUGGAUACAGUUAGGAUGGAUACAGUUAGGAUGGAUACAGUUAGAGUGGUUACAGUUAAGGUGGAUACAGUUAGAGUGGAUACAGUUAGGGUGGAUACAGUUAGAGUGGAUACAGUUAGGGUGGAUACAGUUAGAGUGGAUACAGUUACGGUUGAUACAGUUAGAGUGAAUACAGUUAUGGUGGAUACAGUUAGGGUGGAUACAGUUAGAGUGGAUACAGUUAGAAUGGAUACAGUUAGAGUGGAUACAGUUAGAGUGGAUACAGUUAUGGUGGAUACAGUUAGGGUGGAUACAGUUAAGGUGGAUACAGUUAGAGUGGAUACAGUUAGAGUGGAUACAGUUAGGAUGGAUACAGUUAAGGUGGAUACAGCUAGAGUGGAUACAGCUAGAGUGGAUACAGUUAGAGUGGAUACAGUUAGAGUGGAUACAGUUAGGGUAGAUACAGAUGUGGUUAAAAGCUCAGUUAGUGUGACAAACUCUGCUUUACAAAUGUUAAUCUUACUGGUGCAAAUACUUUGAAAUUCAUUAUACAACAGCCAUUAGGGUUUACCCUGUAAUUUUGUUAUGCAGGGUCACAGGGACUCACAUAUGUGAAAUCCAAGAGUCCAAUGACAUUUUAAAAUUCACAAAAUCAUGGUAAAGCAGUUUCAGCAUCCAGGUUGGUCAUCAGGUAUAACAAUGUUGCCUAAAGUAAUGAAAUACAAACACAAUAAAACACUAGUGUCAAUUGAAAUAAACUGUUAUUUCUUCAUUGUAUGGCAGAUUUUAGAAUUACAAAGCAUAUCUCCAGGAUGCACAGACAUUUGGGAGCCCUUAUGUUUUUUCCAUGUUUAAGAUGCAGGAAACCUGCAUCAGGAAAAACCCUGUAGCCAUCUUUGAAAUGGUACCAUUGUCCCCACGAGAGUCUCUGUAUUAUAGGUGACUUGUAGGGACCGAUGAAAUGGUACCAUUGUCCCCACGAGAGUCUCUGUAUUAUAGGUGACUUGUAGGGACCGCUGAAAUGGUACGAUUGUCCCCACGAGAGUCGCUGUAUUAUAGGUGACUUGUAGGGACCGCUGAAAUGGUACGUAUACGAUUGUCCCCACGAGAGUCUCUGUAUUAUAGGAGACCUGUAGGGACCACUGAAAUGGUACGAUUGUCCCCACGAGAGUCUCUGUAUUAUAGGGGACUUGUAGGGACCGCUGAAAUGGUACCAUUGUCCCCACGAGAGUCUCUGUAUUAUAGGUGACUUGUAGGGACCGCUGAAAUGGUACCAUUGUCCCCACGAGAGUCUCUGUAUUAUAGGUGACCUGUAGGGACCGCUGAAAUGGUACCAUUGUCCCCACGAGAGUCUCUGUAUUAUAGGUGACCUGUAGGGACCGCUGAAAUGGUACCAUUGUCCCCACGAAGGUUUCUGUAUUAUAGGUGACUUAAAGGGACCGCUGAAUGGUACCAUUGUCCCCACGAGAGUCUCUGUAUUAUAGGUGACUUAAAGGGACCGCUGAAUGGUACCAUUGUCCCCACGAAGGUUUCUGUAUGAUAAGGUGUAGGCGAUUGUAGGGACAGCUGAGUCAAUACCAUUGUCCAACCAAAGGUUUCUGUAAUUACUUAAGGUGACUUGUUAGGGACCACAAGGUUGGUAUCAUUCAGAUGUCCAUACAAAUUUUUCUGUGUGAUAACACUUAUGUAACGUAAGGACCACCGAGUCGGUACACUUGUCCUCACAAUGAUUUCUGGGUGAUAAAUCUUAUGUGACUUAAAUAGGAACACUGAGUUGGUGUCUUUGUCCUCGCAAACCUUUCUGGGUGAUAAGUCUAUGGUGAAUUGUAGAGACCAAAGAAUUGUUACCAUCAUUCAUACAAAGGUUUCUGUAUCUUAGCUGACUUGUAGGAUUUCAAAGAGGCUGGUUUCUGUCAAGGAUCUCUAAAGACUAAUGCAGGCUUUCAAAAGUCUAAAUGUCACUCCAGGAUUUCUGUACCAGCCCAGGGUUCCUAGUCUAAAGAACUUUGUAGUUAAAAAUCAUAUUCAUAUAUAAGAUACAGUCGAGAUGAUCAUCGGGAUUCAAUAUUUACAUACUGUUUAUUUCAUGUGAAUCUAACUGAAAUUUGUUACAUGCAAAUCUGUAGAGGUGAUAUAGAAAGCGACAAUAUGGUCCGAAGGCCGAAGUGACCUUAUAAGCUUUGGUGGUGUUCUGGCAUCCAUACUCCAAGGUUAUGACAAGGUCAAUGUGACGUUGUGUGACCUUGUUGGAAACUAAAGUGUAUUAAACCUUGAUAUGUAUUAAUGGUGCAGGAUUCAUGAUUAAAAUGAUUCCCCAAAAAGUAUACCUAAUGAAUAUAAAUAAACUUGUUUUGAGCCGCAUGUUUAGAAUUUGUAUCUUUUUGAAAUAGAUCUUAAAAUUGUGAAUUUUGACUAGAAGUGACAUUUUUCACUAUUCAUACACACUUUUUUAAUAGAAUAUUUAUGAUUAUAUUGUGGUAGACUAAGUUUUCGUCAUAUUUUACAGAAAACUUGAAUCAUCUGACAAAUUAGACACAUAUUAUACAUGUCCUAUUAUAAAAUACAUCAUGGUACAUAUAUACCGUAUUCAACCUGAUAAGAUCACCUGCCCCCAACUAGCACACUACUUUUUUCAGGAAAAGAGGAUGGUUGCGCUAUUUGAAAUAUAUAAAAAAGAUCUUUACACCUCACUGAUCUGCGUAUAUGAUCUUCAGGCUUUUAACCAAAAACAAAGCAUUAUUUUUCCUACAAAAAAAAAAUCCACCUAGAUUUCACAUGAAAACAUUCCCCUUUACAUGGUUUUAAGUGCACAGUGAGCUUGCUGGUUUGAAUACGGCUAUACUUACUCUAGAAUAAACACUUAAAUAUGACUACCCAGUUAUAUAUGAUUUUAUAAACCAAUUUAAUGAAUUUACCUAACAAUAGAUCUCCUAGCUGUUUGUUAUUAAAUGUUAUUUCCAUACCAGAAAACGUCAGUUUUUACCCUUGACAGGUUUUAUGUCAUUGAAAUACUAUACAAUCCAUUGCCUCACAUGCAAUCAAUUUUUUUUUACCUGGAGUAAGGUAUUGUCUUAUUAUAAUGGAGGCUAUAAACAGUUACCGUAAAAACUCGUGUAAUUUGCGCAGUUUUUUUGUUCUGAAAUAAAGUUUAAAGUUGGGGUGCGCAAAUUAUACAGGUAGAGGUAAUAAUCAUGUAGAAACUUUUCUAAUAUUUGGAUUAUUCAAAUAAUCCUAUUUCUUGAAUAUCGUGUUUCAAUUUUUAAGUGCUCCAUUGAGUCCUAUAUAAAUGCCUGAAUCGGUCCCUUGAUGGUGGAUAUACCUACCCUCUGUAGAAUCAGUGGAUCAAAUUCACACUUAGAUAAGUAAUUUUGUAAUGUAAUCAUGAGCUCAUGAUCACAGAUUAAAAUGAAUUAAAUUUCUGGACGUCUUUGUUUGAGGUGCAAUAAAUUGAAGUAGAUGUAUGCAUAGAAACCAAAAUUGAUUCUAUUUCUUUUUGAGCAAACUGUCACAAGUUUUCCUCUGAACAUAUUUGUUGUUGAUAAUUUUCAUUGUUAUAUGGUACAUUGUCUUUUUUACAUCUAACACUGACAUAAAGAGUGUAGGAUAACACUUAUCGUGUUGGUAAGUCUAUCCUACAAUUGUAUCGUGCACAUUUUACAAAUGUUUAAAAAGUCCUUUUCAACAUUGAAAGUGUUAGAAAGGACUGCACUAUUAUUUUUAUAUAUCAAUAUGUACUUAAAUCUGAUGACUCAUACUGAUGUUGUAAAUCACAAGUUUUAGUACAGUUGUAAUUUGUUACCUAGUUUCAUGGGCAGUUAAAAUAUUUCAAAAUUAAGAUAAGUUUUUGGAAUAUGGUUAAUUUGGGAAUUGAAGAAAGAGAUUAAGAGACUGAGAAUUAUAUGAUUUGUUCUUUUCUUUUGAAAUUAAGAUUUGACAGAUAUUAUGAAGAUUUGGAUCAAGAAUUAAUUUUGAUAAUUGAGAAUUACAAAUGGGAUUUGAAGAUUUGGGUUACAUGUUCCAGAGGUCUGAGGUUAAUGGGUCAUGGGUUAGGAAUUCAAAUCUGAGAUAAGAAAUAACAUGUUUGUUCAGUUGUCGGUAGUGGGUAAUGAAGGGUUACUAUGUAACAGUUUGGGAUGGCCUGUUACCUUGAGAACAUCUGAUACUGUCAUGUUACUAUGUAACAGUUCGGGAUGACUUGUUACUGUGCGAGAACAUCUGAUACUGUCAUGUUACUAUAUAACAGUUGUGGAUGGCCUGUUACUGUGUGAACAUCAUGCUACUGUUGUGAUAAUCACUGUUACCAAAUUUACUGAUUCUGCUGUUGUAUUGUACAAUUUCUUGUUAAAUCAUAUGAACUGUCUCCAGAUUUAUUAUAAAACGUUUGACAAUAUUAAUAUGUUGUUUUGUGUAUUCUCUGCUUGAUCACAUUUGUUUUAUAUGAAAAUUUUGUUCAAUAAAUUGACAAUUAA